AUGGCCUCAUACACAGGAAGCUGCAUCUGCAACAAGGUCAAAUUCUCCUUCACUGGUGAACCGAAGCAAGCGGCCCUCUGCCACUGCCGCCAAUGCCAAAAGCUCAGCGGCUCUGCAUUCACUUACAACCUCCUAGUGCCGCGCGAGGACUUUAAAUGGACUUCUGGGUCGCCCAAGGUCAGCAGCUUUGUGCAAGAGAGCGGGAUGAUCGUUGAGUAUUCUUUCUGCCCAGACUGUGCGACCAUAAUGGCCAAGCAGACCGAAAAAGAAGACUUCAAGCCUUUCUACCUUAUUCAAGCCGGGACUCUUGAUGGAUACGAGAACAAGAAGAAGCCCGAUGCGGAGUUUUGGGUGAGCCGAAAGGCAGACUGGGUUCAGCCUAUUCAGGGGGUUCCACAAAUGGCGCAGUUUGAAUAA